UUGCUUGCACUUUGGCCAGUUGGAAACAAGCUCAGCAUGGCCGGACUCACUAGCACCGUCAGCAGGGUGGGCUCCCUCCUCUCGGCACAGUUGUGCCCCCCCAGGGCUGUAUCUCUUGGGGCCCAUUUUCCCCCAUACAAGCAGGAGCAGCGUUCCAGAUGGGCCCCCCUGAGAUCCUAUCACUCCUCCCCCAGGAGCCCCCCACCUCUUCUUGGGAAUAACCUGCUGAAACUCCAGGCCCCCCCCAGCCGCAGGGCAUCGGGCAAGUUUAAUGUGCCCCCCAGCGCAGAGUAUGUGGCCCGGCCAGCGGGGGUCUGCACCAUGAUGAGACUGCCCUACCAGGAGACUGCACAGGGAUUGGACGCCGCCUUUAUUGGGGUCCCCCUGGAUACCGGCACCUCCAACCGCCCGGGAGCGAGGUUUGGGCCGCGCCACAUCAGGGGGGAAUCCAGUAUGGUGAGAAGGUAUAACAUCUCCACCAGGGCGGCUCCCUUUGAGUCUCUCAUGGUGGCCGACAUCGGGGACGUCAAUGUGAAUCUAUAUGACCUGAAGGACAGCUGCCGGAGAAUCCGCGAGACCUACCAGAAAAUCAUGGCGGCCGGUUGCAUCCCUUUAACCCUGGGGGGGGAUCACACCAUCACGUAUCCCAUUCUGCAGGCCGUGGCUGAAAAACACGGGCCGGUGGGAUUGGUACACGUGGACGCUCACACCGACACCGGAGACACGGCCCUGGGGGAGAAGAUCUACCAUGGGACCCCAUUCAGGCGCUGCGUCGACGAGGGGCUCCUGGACUGUAAGAGGGUGGUACAGAUUGGGAUCCGGGGCUCCUCCUACAGCGCCGACCCCUAUGGUUUCUGCAGAGAACAGGGGUUCCGGGUGGUUCUGGCAGAAGACUGCUGGUUCCGAUCUCUGGUUCCGCUGAUGGCAGAAGUGAGGAGCCAAAUGGGGGCGGGGCCUGUGUACAUCAGUUUUGACAUCGACGGACUGGACCCGUCCUUCGCCCCUGGAACGGGCACCCCAGAAAUAGCGGGGCUCACCACAAGCCAGGGUCUGGAGAUAAUCCGCGGCUGCCGGGGGCUCAAUGUCGUAGGCUGCGACCUGGUGGAAGUGGCGCCCGUCUAUGACCAAUCUGGUAACACUGCGCUGACCGGGGCCAACCUGCUCUUUGAGAUGCUCUGUGUCCUCCCCAGGGUGAAGGUCUACUGAGCGUCUGAUUGGUGAAACCUGCGCUGAAGGGAACUCAAGCUGCUCUGAUUGGGCGGAACCGGCCCAUUUGGGGGGCUAAAGGCGGGCUCUGCACCCCACUCUCACUAUAGGUCUUGUUAUAGAUCAUUAAAGGUUCCCUAAGCUCCGCCCCCUGUUCCCUAAGCUCCACCCCAUGUUCCUCUGCUGAUCUGACUACUUUGUGACUCAAAUAAAAUGUAACAGCAG